GGAGCGGGCGGGUGCCGCGCAGGGCCCGAGGAGGCCCCGGACCCCGCUCCGAGAGGGUGCGGUGGGGGCCUGCGGGGCGAUGUGGGGCCGCGGGCUGCUGCCGCUGCUGCUGCUGGGCGCUGCGGGGCCGCUGCUGCGGCCGGCGGGGUCGGCGGAGCCGGCGGAUCCCGUCAGCGCCGAGCGGAGCCUGGCCUGGGGCCCCGGGCUGGACGCGGGGCUCACCGUGCCCGUGAGGCACUUCUACAUCCAGGCGGUCAGCGAGGCCGGACGCAACUUCUCCCGCUCGCCGCCAGGGAAAACACAAUUUAAAGUGGUAAUUAAAGCACUUUCUCCAAAAGAAGUCACCAGAGUUUACACCCCUCGGCCUCUGGAUAGAAAUGAUGGUACAUUCCUUAUGCGGUAUCGGAUGUAUGGAAGUGUCACAAAAGGCUUAAAAAUUGAGAUACUUUAUGGUGAUCAGCAUGUGGCUCAAUCACCUUAUAUUUUGAAAGGACCAGUUUAUCAUGAAUACUGUGACUGUCCUGAAGAAGACGCUGAGGUCUGGCAGGACAUGAUGUCCUGUCCAUCCCAAGAACCUCAGAUUACCAAAGACUUCAUUUCGUUUCCCACCAUUGACCUGCAGCGAAUGCUUAAGGAAAUCCCAGCAAAGUUCAGCCAAACGAGAGGUGCUAUUGUUCAUUACACUAUUCUGGAUAAUCACAUCUACCGGCGCUCCUUAGGGAAGUACACAGACUUCAAAAUGUUCUCCGAUGAAAUGCUCCUGUCACUGGCCAGGAAGGUUCGUCUUCCUGAUGUGGAGUUUUAUCUCAAUGUUGGAGACUGGCCAGUUGAGCAUCGGAAAGCUAAUGAUACACCUGGUCCUGUACCUGUCAUCUCCUGGUGUGGCUCUGUGGAUUCCAGAGAUAUCAUCCUGCCAACGUAUGAUGUAACCCACUCAACUCUGGAAACCCUACGUGGAGUCACCAAUGAUCUCCUUUCCAUUCAAGGAAAUACAGGCCCCUUCUGGGAAAACAAAACUGAGAGGGCUUUAUUCAGAGGUCGAGACAGCCGAGAAGAACGUCUCCAUCUUGUCAAGUUAUCCAAGGAAAAUCCAGAGCUACUAGAUGCUGGAAUAACUGGAUAUUUCUUCUUCAGAGAAAAAGAAAAAGAGCUGGGGAAGGCUCAGCUGAUGGGCUUCUUUGACUUCUUUAAGUACAAAUACCAAGUGAAUGUAGACGGCACCGUAGCAGCUUACAGGUUUCCAUACCUCUUGCUGGGUGACAGCCUGGUAUUGAAGCAAGAUUCCCAAUACUAUGAACACUUUUAUAUUGGAUUAAAACCUUGGAAACAUUAUGUUCCAGUUAAGAGAAACUUAGAGGACUUGCUAGAGAAAAUAAAAUGGGCUAAGGAAAAUGAUGAGGAAGCAAGAAAAAUUGCUAAAGAAGGUCAACUAAUGGCAAGAGAAUUACUUCAGCCUCACAAGUUUUACUGCUACUAUUAUAAGGUGCUGCAGAAAUACGCCGAACGCCAAGCCAGCAAACCUGAAAUACGGGAUGGAAUGGAACUUGUACCUCAGCCUGAUGACAGGGAUUCAGUGUGCAGUUGCCACAGGAAAAAGCCUUUAAGGGAAGAUCUAUAACUGUACUGGAUGGAGAAAAUGACCCACUUAAAUGCAAGAAUAGGAAUUAAGCUGUGAAAUCCAAGACUCUUAUGCAGUAGCAGACGUUCUUAGUUGUGUAUUAUUCUUGUAUUUUCAUACCCUUUUUCACGCUCGUUCUGAUCUACAAUGUUGGUUCUCACAAUUUUGGCUCCAUGACCACCACCAGACAGACACUGAGCCUGCAGUGGGGAAUGUCUGGGGGAUUUGUUUGGUGCACUUCACCAGCAGGAAGAAGAGCACAGAGCUGCUCAUGUUCCAGAUGGGACCUAUUUACCCAAGUUUUAUGAGGAACUAGUCACCACAAAAGAUCUUGCCAUGAGUCAGUGCAAGUUAUUCUAAAGGAGCAUUUGUGAUACAUUGAAACAGUGUUAUGAAUUCCUCAUAAAGUUUACCUCAGUGUUAGAUUGUUUCUUGUAUGCAAAACAAUUUUCAAAGUAGACAAAAAUGAAUAUUUGAGAUUUACAGAUAUCAGAUCUGGUUAUGCUUUCACAAUAUUUUGUGGUGUAUGACAGGUAACAGACAGCUUGAUGUAACACUCACCAAUUUUAGAGGAAAAUGGAGAGGAAGGGUAGAGAUUAGAAAAAUAUGUUUGUAAGCAUCAUGGCUGUGAACCACCAGAAUUAAGUGCUGCUUUAAAACAGACCCUGUAGCUAUCACAAUCACAGUGGUUUGGGUGCCAGGUCACCACCCUGAAGAUCUGUUCCCUGCCAGUGACUGUGAAUGUAGGCACAGAUCCACAAAAGGCUUGGGAAUUUCAGGCCAUGGGAAACACUGGUGUCUUAGUUCAACACCACCAUCUACAGAAUUCUAGACUACAUGAAAUCUGAAUUUUGUUAGCAGAGUUUUAGACCACCUAGGUUUAACUUUUGUGUAAUAGUCUAGGGGUUAGAGUCCAUGUAAAGCAGUUGGGAAGCUGGUUGUCCUCCUUGGUUUUUUCCAGAGGGUGCCUUAGCUCCAAACUGGACAAGAGGUUUUCGCAUCUUCUACUGAAGUUUCUGUGCAUCCAUGAAUCUAGCAGUGUGAAAUUCACAGGGGCAGAAAGAUCUGGUCAUGUCUUUUUGAUAAAGUCUGCCUUUGGAUGGGGAAGAAGAAGAAUCCUAGUCCUGGAUGCAACUCCAAAUACCCGUGUUGAUUUUUGCCCAAGUUUGUCUACUUCAAAAUGCAUAAAUAGUCCUGGAAGGAGACACCAAGACCAGUGCCCACAAGCACCCAUUUCUGUGUUUUCAUCUUGGUUAAUGCAGCUUGCCUGAGUAGCUCCUCAGUCACUACAGUCAGAUGAAAGCUUUCAUGGAUACCAAAUUCUCCCUACACUAAAAAGAAUGGAGAUGUCUUCAGACAGUGGACUUGUCUGAUUGAUUUGAUUUGAUGCACAAAAUUUAGUGCUCUGCAUGUCAUGCAGGCUUUGCUCUUGGUUCUGUGCUGCAAGUUACUUAAAAUUUCUGCAUUAGAAAGGCAGUAUCCUAAAUAUGGAAAGAAAUUUGUCUUUCUAAAGAGGUCAGUGCAACUGUCCAUCCGUCAUUUAUUACAUUUUGCCAGUUCAGAAAAAGUCCCGUAUUUGUGUUGCUCUACCCAUAAUCCUCUUUGUUCUGGUUCUAACACUCAUAUUUAUAGGAGUUAUAUUUUUAUUUAGCAUGAAAAUCAGUCCUAGAACUUCAGGCUAUAAAUAUAUGUUCAACUCAUCUGACAUAAAUUUUUCUACAUCUAAGUUCAGGAACAGGGUUUCAUUGCUGAAGCUGACUCUGAAGACUGAGUAUGCGCUCCCCUUUUGUUCUGUGUGUACAAUCAUUUUUACUGUAUUACAUGAUGUUAUUUUGGGGGAAUCACCCAUUAUGCCAUGUGCUUUUUAUAUUCACCAGUGUUUACGGAGGUGGUGUGCUCAACAAAGGCAAGUAAGCAUAAAAGAUGGGUGAACAACGAAGUUUUCCACAUAUUUCAAAUCAAGAGUCCAAAAGGGAUUCAUUUUUAUUUUUUUAAAUGGGAGAGAAUAAGGGGUGUCAUGGUUAUUUGGAAAUGUAUGGACUUAUGUAGGAAAACUUGCCUAGCUUGAAACAGAAGUCUUUCAAACUGAAAGAAGAAUCAGAUAAAUUUUAAAUUAUGAAUAUAAUGUGAAUGCUUUAUCCCUCCUUUCUUCCCUCAUAAAUAGGGAAAGAAACUAUUCUUAAUUCUUCUCUGCCAAAAAAAGUCCUAGCUUUUGUAAUAAACAUCUCUCCAAAGCAAAGACUAGUUUGUCUACAGGGUGCCUUACAGCUGCUUUUAUAGCUUACAGGCAAGAAAUAUCCUGAAAAAUAUGACUGCAUUCAUCUUCUUGCUGUAAUGAAAAAAAUAGUGGAGAAAUAGUGGAACUUUUACUACAAGAAAUCUGGUUCAGUUUACAACCAGAGCUCUUCCAAAGGUGAAAGAAGGCAAAGUCUCUCUUGUUUCCAUUGGUGCUACUAUAUGCAAUUUAAAUUGUAAUGAAGAGUGAUCAUAGCAAUUGUCCCACCAGGCCAGGAAAGGUGUCAGAUCUAUUUGAGUUUGAUGAGAGGAUGAUACCCAUUGGCCUGAUGUGUUACAGGAAAUGCUAAAUAGUGAGUAAAACCUGGUUUUGCAAGUAAAGUGUAAUACAUUAAAUAGAAUGUUUUAAGUGGCAUACAUAGACUGGACUUUGUAUUAUUCUGUGGUAGUUCUUGAACAAUGACUGUUCAAAGGUUUAAAAAUCUCUUGGUGGUGAUCAUUUUGGAAAACUGUUACCAUAUCACAGUAUUUUGCUAUAGUAAUUUCAGUUUUUAAAUAUAGAGUAAAACCUGUCCUGUUUCCAUCAGGGAUUUACCAGUGAUGACAGAGGCAGAUUUAUUUGUUUGAAAUAGUAUGUCCUAAAGUCCAGGGCCAAUGUUCUAAAACACAGGAAUCUGCAGAGAAGGGGUUUGACUUCCAGAAAUGUUGGGAAGGCAGUUCUUUGUUUUCAGAUUUCUUCAGCCCUUAACAGUGGCUUCACAUAAGCAGUGAACACUGCUUUUAUGUUAUGUGAUAUGUAUGUCCUAAUAUAUUUAGGCACUCACGUUUGGAAAUACCCAAUCUCAAUUUCAUCUUGAAAUGAGAACUAAUAAAUCCUGCUCUGUUGAACAUAAAAGGGAUACAGUUACA